UUCUCACCAUGGGUUGGCCGGUUCUCUGCCCGUCAUUUCGCCUGUCCCUCUCAAUCUAUUUACCUCCGUUCCCACUAUUAACACUCGGCGUCGUCCUUUACAGCUUGAUCGACAAUGGUGCUGCUGCCGCCAGCUAUCUCUCUGUCCCGCUCCUCGUCUCUGCUCUUGACGACCUCGACCCCGAAUCACUUGCACUUUUUCACGGCGUUGUGAAUGCUCAGGCCGUCGCUCUCUCACUACUCACAGUUAGAACACAGCAAAUCAUUGAUGCGAUGGAUGUUGACAAGCUCGGCAAUUUGGGCGAGGCUCAGACUAUCGAAAAUGAAGAUGAAGAACUCAAAGUUGUCUAUCCGGCAGACCCUCAACCCGCUGACACGCUUGUGCUUCCAGGAAAGCAUGAAAAUGGGAUAUAUUAUGCUAUAUAUACAAAUAUCAACCAGUUGACAGGUCCAGGACUGAAAGAACUCUGCAAGCAGUAUUGUCUCUCAACCACAGGCAACAAGAAAGUUUUAAAGGAGAGGAUAGCAGGGUUCAGCCAGGAUAAGAGCCGAUGGCAACACCUCCUUCCCAAUGCUCGACGUGCUCAUCGAGGUGUUCGUGAUGGCAGUAUCACGAAGAACAGGCCCCAGACAAAUGUAAGCCCCGCGAAAAUCAAGAAGCUGAAGCCCUCGGUCCUGCGACGGAAUGAGUUGAUGGGUCUCCCCUUGCACACUCCGCUCGGUGCUCAGCUCUUUGCCUCGGAACGCUCGAAGGAUAUGCGAACUCUAGAGGAGAAGAACUCGCUUCUGCGUUUGGCAAAGGAGUUUGAUGAUGCUCAUCCCUUCAUCCCCCGUGAGGAGCUUGCCCGCAGAAAGAAAAUUAGAGAGGAGGAACAGGCUAAGGAGAAAGCGAAUAGCAAGGUAGCGGUAGCAGAGAACUUGCGUUCAAUGUCUGAGCAAAUCGCUACCCUUACAGCUACCAUCCAGAUACUCAGUGGGCUUUCAGUACCUCCCAAACCCCCAUACUCAAUGCUUGCAACGCUGGCUCCGUUCCCGGUAUCCUCAUCAAGAAGUCUACCUCCGAAUUCUCUCCAAGCUGGGCUGACGUCAAGCCAUACGAUUCACCACCAUGGCUCUUUUCCCACAACUGGUAUUUCAAGUGUCCAAGUUGGCUGCUUCACCCCGAGCCAGUUACUGGUCCCUCCUGUCCUUCCGCAUGUGUCCGCCCCAAGCCCGUUCGGCCUCUCACAGAAUUUCAGCAAUGGGGCUGUAGUGCCACAACCGAUUGUGAAUGCAGGUGCUGCUUCAUCUAUGCAGAAAGAGAGGUCUGAUGAGGUUACGAUUGGGCAUGGGCAAGUAAUUUAUUACAAAUAUAGGGAGGUUCGUGAGCCCCGCCAGAUUUCAUUUGUCACCGACAUCGCUCGACUAGACCGUGUCUGGGAUGAUGAGCGACCCAAUUGGGACCCCGUUGACUGUGGUAGCCUGCUGGAAAUCAACGGUGCUCCUAUCGCUCUUAAAUACUGGAAGCAAGUCUUCAGUCACAAGAAUGACGGCACCUGGUCAUGGUUGAAAAGACUCUGGGUCGAAUGGAAGUAUGUCGCGGAGCGUUAUUGGUCUAGCAGCCCCGAGCAGUUCUGUCAAGAGUUCUCCUCCAGUACUGGUGAUCGAUUCCACUGGAAAGCCAUCACUAAUCGACUUCGUGACCUUCGGAGUGAGCACGAUCAGCAGUUAGUUGAUCAGGCCAAGGCUAAAUAUGGUGAUAAUUUUUCAAAGGUCUUUGUCAAUAACCGUGGUAAUGUACUUACUGAUAAACCUACAAUCGCUCGACACUACCGCAUUGAGUUAGCAAAGCGUUCUAUAUAAACCUUUCCUUCUUUGCUAUAAUUUAGUAUAUCAACAGCUUUAUGUAUACGGUUGUUAAUUUGGUUAUAAUAAAAUGAUCUAUUUUUCAAGCACAAUGGCAUGUGCGAUUACAAGUAGGACAGGCAGUAGUAGGUGCACAGUUC